AAAAAGACAGGAUAUUUCUGAUAAAAAGAUUAAGCAAUUAAGAUAUUUUGGGAGAACAUAAACAUUCUCAUCAGUCAAUAGUUCAAUAUGUUAAGGAUAUAUAGGAUAUUUAUGUUUGUCUUAUGUUCAGCAUCUAUUAUGUUCACAUUACUAGGACUAUAUCCUGAGAAUCAGGAAGUACAAGUUUCAGAUGGUGAACUAAUGGAUCAACUAUCAGUUGGGUAUACUAGAAGAGGAAAAUUUAUUUCUGGAAAUGUAAUAAAAGGAAAUGUUAUUGAUAAUGAUGGAAAUAACACAAAAGCAAAUAACACCAACAGUGAUUCAAUUACUUUAAGAACAGCCAAAAGAGGAUCUGAUGUUACUAAAAACAAUUCCAUAUCAUUAGGAAAUAACAAGGAAAAUAAAGACAAACAGACAAAGUCACAUAUAACAAGUUCCAUAUUCCUGGAUUAUCGACAAGUUUUAAAAAAUGGUAAUUUUUCUGCGAACCAAUCAGUUAACAUUUCAGAACUGCGACCAGAUAAGUGUGACGCAUGUUUCCCGCAAUCUUCAUACAUCUACAAAAAUGAUAACUUGUGCUCAACGAAAAAUUCAACAACUCAGGUUAAGCUUCUGGUAAUCAUUUUUACAGUUCACCAUGAUAUGAGAACCAGGAACUCAUUGCGCAAAACUUGGACAAGUAUUUCUAACCUUAAUACAAAAGAAAUGAGGUAUGUUUUCCUGUUGGGAAAGCAUACUAGAGACCCAAAGUGGAAUGUUAGAGCUCUCGCAGAAGCUAAAAAAUAUGGGGAUAUCCUCAUCAAAGACUUCAUGGAUGAGUACAAACAUUUGACUCUAAAGACAAUGUCUGGUCUUAAAUGGGCUGCAGAAUUUUGCUCAAAUGCUAAAUAUGUUAUGAAAACUGAUACUGAUAUGUGGGUGAAUACUCCAAGACUUUUACAAUUCAUCGAUUCAUUCAAAAUUAAAAAUGAAAUAAUAGGAACAUGCCCUAAGAAAGCUAAACCCAUCAGACAUAACAAAUCAAAGUAUUAUGUCUCUCCUAAACAGUUCCCUCAUUUGUCAUACCCUGGCUUUUGCUCAGGCACUGGCUAUGUCACAACUAUGAAGGUCGUCAAAGACAUUGUGAAAGUUUCACCCAAUAUACCCUUCUUCUUCCUCGAAGACAUCUAUGUGGGACUUUGCAACAAAGCAUUAGGAUAUAAAGUACGCUCAGUGAAAGGAUUUCACGCAUACAGAGUCAAAUUCAAUGUUUGUGGAUAUAAACAAAUAAUUACAAGUCACCAUAUGCCCAGGGGUGCAAUUGAAAAAAUUUGGAACACAAAAUGUGACAAUAAAACAUUGAAACAUUGAAUAUAUAGGGUGGCCACAAAAUGCAAUUAUCUGACUGUGGAAUCUUUCUUAAUUUUGAAAGUAAUUUCUUGGAUCUUCCUGUGUAGAUAAACAUUCGAUUGAACAAAAAUAAUUGCACUUGUAUUGCACCUAAGACUGGCUUUUAGAUUAAUCAUGUUUUCUAUUUUGUAUGCUAUUUUAUUCAAGCAUUCAGAAAAUUCAAUUUUUGUGAAAUUCAGAUUU